AUGGCCCUGAACCCAGAGGCAGGUCUGGAGCUUCAGGAAGACCCAGCAAUGCCGCCAGGUCUCCAUCCUUGUGGGGCCCUGGGUGUGGACUCCGGCGCUGAUCCCGGGUACAACGUGGACAUGGCCCUCAUUCCCACCUUGAACCCACCUCCCAGUCCUCCCAUGGCUCUCACUCCAGACCUCAACUCCACCCUGACUCCUGGCUCCAUGAAGGCCCUGGGCCCGGAGUCAGAUCACAACCCCAGAGCAACCGAUAACAGAGCUGUGGCUUUGGCCUCUCUCCAGAAUGCCACUGCCUUUCCUGAUGAAGCCCUGGAGCUGGACUUGAAUCAUGUCUCACAGUCCAGCUCCCAGGGGGCCCAGUGUUCUGCCUCCAGCCCUGCCCUGAGUGCCGGCUCCCCCGAGGCCACUGGCCAGAGCUCAGGGAUCCCCUCGGGACCAAAUUCAGAGGAGGCCUUCCAGAUUCUAUCCAGCAGGGGUUUUGAUUUAGGGCAGAGUAACUCUAAUCCAUCCAGACCUGAAACAAACCCAUUCAUAAGGUCCCAUUCAAGAGAAGCCCUGGUCUUGGGCCACUGCAUCUCCAGGCCAGGCUCCAAAGCACUCCUUCUCCCAGCCUCCAAUACUUCUCUUGCUCCCAACUCCACUCAGCGACUCAGCGUGGCCUCGAGAAACAUCUCCAAAGUGGAAGUGAAUGUAGCCCUGGCUGCCAGCGAAACAGUCCCUUUGGCUGCGCAUAACCUCUCUGGGUCUAUUUCCAGAGGAUCCUUUGGGACAAUCUGGAGAUCCAGCUCCAAAGGCACCACCAAUUUGACCUCCAACAGCCCUUCCAGAUCUGACUUGAACAUGACUCUCACUCAGGCCUCGAGUGUGACCCUGAUUCCUGGCUCCAGCGAUGGGAUCAGUCUGCACUCAGGCACCCACGGACCCCUCACCACCCGCUCUCCGCCCUCGUGCAUGACUCUGAUCCUAGGCUCCAACGAGACCCUCAGUGUGGGCUCCAGCCUCAUGUUCAGUGACACCUCGACCUUGACCCUGAGCAGCCAACAGGACUACUCUGAAGACAACAGUAUCCGCACUGUGCCCCUUGAGGACACUCUGGAGAACUGGGGCGAGAAGGCCAGUAUGGAGGUGGGCCGCUUCCCACUAGGGCUCCCCACUGCCAACACUGGGGACAGGGACAACUUGGCCUUCCGCAACAUCCCUGAAGGAGCCUUCAGUGAAGUGACUUCACGCCUGACAAAGGGGCCGGACAAGAGAGAGGCGGACAAGAUGAGCACCCACCAGGAGAAACAGGAUCUUCUGGAAGCAGGAGAGAAGAAGACCAUGAUGAAGAAGAUGAUGAGGCAGAUCCAGGAGGAGCCGCGGGAUUCGCUCUCGAGCUCCGUCCGGCGGCAGGCCAUGGAGACCCUGACACAGCUGAGUCACACCCAGCCCAGCCUGGGCGUGCGGGAGCGGUCGGAGCUGGUCAACACAUGUGUGCAAAGCGUGUUCUCCCUGCCCUCUGUGCAGGCCAUGCAAGAGAAGGAUGAGGCCAAGGCCGAGGCCAUUCAGACCCUCUACCAUCAGACCCUGGAUGCUCUGCAGAAGCUGCUCAAUGCCCUCUUCAUUGAGGACCCCACUCCGGCCGGGCUGAAGAGCAUCUUGGAGCCUCUGGGCCCCUGGAUGAACUCUGGGAAGGCGCACGAGCGAGCACGGGCUGUGAACAGCAAUGUCUCUGUGUUGAACCACACGCUUCUGACCCUGCCCUUCUUUAUGUCCUCAGGGUUCCCGGCGCUGGGUCUUCUCCUGGGGAGGCUCAUCCUUCGCAUUGGAGACCCUGAUGAGGAGAUUGGCCGGGAGGCUCUGGAUGGCAUCAUCAUCCUCUACACGAUCCUGGAACUCCAAAAACGAGCCAGAGAUAAAGAGGAAACCAACAAGAAGGAGUUGUAUGAGAGCAACAAGCGCUUCCUGGGGCCCUACAACCCCGUCAGCCCCUGUCAGAACAUUCUGCGUGUGAUCGCGGAGUUCGGAGACUUCCUGGGGCCCCAGCAGGUAAAGGACCUGCUGCUGGCAGCCCUGGAGGGGCUCAAAGGCAGCCCAGAGACCCCGGGGAAGGACUCCGGGGAGAUGGUACAGCUGGCCUCGGAGGUUACCCUCAGCUCGGUCCUGGAGUGGUACCGCCACAGGGCGCUGGAGGUGAUCCCGGAAAUCAUGCAAGGAAUCUACAUGCAGCUGAGCCACAUCCAGGAGCCCCGGGCCCGUGAGGUGGCCCUGCUGCCCGUCUCCCUCCUGGCCAGCUCCUUUAUGACCGAGGUCGUGGUGGCCCUCCUGAUGUGUCCCCUCCCGCUGGACAGCAACGGGGCAGAGAUGUGGCGGCAGCUGAUCCUGCGCAAGCCCAGCUGUGAUGUCCGUGACCUCCUGGACCUGCUGCUGACCAGCCUGAAGGAGAAGCCCGUCACCAAAAAGGGCAGGGCCUCCAUCGUGCCCCUGGCGGCGGCCAGCGGCCUGUGUGAGCUCCUGUCAGUCAACAGCUGCAUGGGCCGGGUGAGGCGGAUCUACCCGCAGCUGCUCCUGGCCCUGCUCAUUCAGGUGCAUUACCACAUUGGCCUCAACCUGCCGAGCCGCGUGGCUCCCCGCAAGGACGCCAAGUGCGCCAAGAACGAAGCCCAGCCUCCGGUCUUCGUCCCUGUGCGCUGGGUGGUGAAAGUGGUGAAAACGCUGCUACUGAAGAUGGGCUGCUCUUAUGAGGCCACCUUUCUGGAGGACCAAGGUGGCUGGGAGCUGAUGGGGCAGGCGGAGAAUCACCACCGUGGAGUGUCGCUACUGGCAAGGGCCAUGGUGCACUAUUCCUGCCAGGAGCUGUGCCGCAUCCUCUACCUGCUCAUCCCACUUCUGGAGCGCGGUGAUGAGAAGCACAAGAUCACAGCCACAGCCUUCUUCGUGGAGCUCCUACAGCUGGACCAAGUAAGGCGGAUCCCAGAGGAGUACUCCCUAGGGCGGAUGACUGAGGGCCUGGGCCACCGCGACCCCAUCAUGAAGGUGCUGUGCAUCCGAGGCCUGACAAUCCUGGCCCGCAGGACUGAGAAGAUGGCCAAGGUGCAGGCCCUCCUGCCCUCCAUGGUGAAGGGGCUGAAGAGCAUGGAUGGGCUACUGGUGGUGGAGGCAGUCCACAACCUCAAAGUCAUCUUCAAGGGGCAGGACCGGAAGCAGACUGACAGCUCUGUCUAUGUGGAGAUGCUACAGGUCCUACUGCCCCACUUCAGUGACGCGAGAGAGGACGUGCGCUCUUCCUGCAUCAACCUGUAUGGCAAGGUGGUCCAGAAGCUGCGCUCGCCACGUGUGCAUGCUGUGGAGCAGCAGCUGAUCAGUACCUUGGUGCCUCUGCUGCUCAUCAUGCAGGAGGGCAAUGCCAAGGUGGCCCAGAAAUGCGUGAAGACCCUGUUCCGCUGCUCGUGCCUCAUGGCGUGGGAUCUGCCAAAAAGAGCUUACAGCCGGAAGCCCUGGGACCACCAGCAACAGGCUGUGGCCAAAAUCUGCAAGUACCUUGUGAACAGCUACCGAGACAGUGCCUUUACGUUCCUCAGCCAGAGCCUGGAGUAUGCCAAGAACCCGCGGGCCUCCCUCCGCAAGUCCUCAGUCAUGUUCAUAGGGUCCUUGGUCCCCUGCAUGGAGGACAUAAUGACGGAAGAGCGCCUGAAGGAGGUGAAGUCAGCACUGGAAAACCUGAGGCAUGACCCGGAAGCGUCGGUGUGCAUCUACGCAGCCCAGGCCCAAGAACACAUCCUGGCCAGCUGCUGGAGGAACUCCUGGCCACUGCCGCAUGGGGAUGCAUGGGUGUGCGACCCGGCCACCACGCACCGCUGGAGCCCCAGCUGUGAGAACCUGCCCACUUCCCACCAGCGGCGCUCCUGGAUCAUGCAGGCCCUGGGCUCCUGGAAAAUAUCCCUGAAACAGUGA